GCUGCGUUGUAGGCAGCAUCAGUUCAACUCAAGCAUUUGUCGAACCAACAAUCAACAGCCAACAACAUGAAAUUCUUCUCAGUUGUCACCGUCUUUGUGCUCGGUCUCUUGGCUCUGGCCAAUGCUGUUCCAUUGUCGCCCGAUCCAGGCAAUGUGGUCAUCAAUGGCGAUUGCAAAUAUUGCAAUGUCCAUGGCGGUAAAUAGACGUAGCCCCCGGCCUGCAUCUGCUGUUCAGCGUCUCCUAGCUUACCUCAAUCUGUUCGGCACAAUCUAUUUAUGUACACACUGCGUUUCAAAAUUAACUUAGCAAUAAAAAAAUAUAUAAAAUAAAAAACUAGACAAAAAACAACAA